AUGACAGAUACAGUCUCUACAAAAUUUGAACCAAAAUAUUAUUUUGCUAAUGAAGAGGAAAAUCGAUCAAGGUUAUGGAAUGAUAAAUCAUGGUGUACCAUAGCAGAAGCAAAUGUUUCUUUUAAUUUAGAAGCAUUUUGGAAAGUUGUGGAACGUUGGACAAAUGAAGUGCAUUUAGUAAUUCCGCCUAUUGAACGCGUUGAAAUUAUAAAUGAUAUUGAAAAUAAAACAUAUGAUUCAACACAUGACGAAUGUCUUGCAAGGAUAGAUCCAAUACGAAGUAUUAACAGAAAAUUAAUUCCUAAAAGAAAGAAUAAGGAUGAUGAAUUAGAAGAAUUGGUUGAAUAUUAUAUAGAUGAAAAUUUAAAUGAAAGUCGAGUUGUAUAUACACCGAUAUUAGCAAAUUCUAAGGAACUUUUACAUGAGAAUAUUCCUUUUUAUUAUCCAAAGGUAACCAGCUUCAGCUACGUUUAUAAGGAAUGCGGCCAAAGAACUUCUUCAAAUGAUGAUUCGGAAAUUGAUUAUCAAUCACAAAUAUUUAUUGAAAUUAUUCCCUUACUACAAUCCUUUGAAAUAACUGAUAAAAUGCAAUUAUUUAAAAAAUUAUACAAAUGGUGUCAAAAUACAUCAAUGGGUUAUGAAAAACGUAUUCAUCAUGAUUUAUUAGUACCAAAAGAAUUAUAUAAAAAAACUUAUCAAAGAUUAAAAAAUAAAUAUGCAACUGAUUUAGUCAGAAACUGGACUGAAAAGACAGAUCCUAUUAAAUUCGUAUUCGAAGACAUUGCUAUAGCAAGUUGGCUAAUUUCUAUAUGGGAAUUAGAAAGAGUUGAACAAAAAUCAUCAAUAUUACAAUCUUUUAUUGAUUUGGGUUGUGGUAAUGGAUUGUUAACCUUUAUUUUAUCAUCUGAAGGAUAUAUUGGAUUUGGAAUUGAUUCAAGAAAAAGAAAGAUAUGGGAUGUAUUCAUUGAGAAAGGCGCUAAAUUAAUAGAAGGAACGAUUCAGCCAAAUUUAAUAACUUAUCCAAGUAUAGAUUGGAUAAUAGGGAAUCACGCAGAUGAACUUGUUCCAUGGAUACCUAUAAUAUCAUCAAAAUCAUCAUCAUCUACUAAAUUCAUGGUAAUUCCGUGUUGUUUUUAUUCAUUAUCUGGCUCGAAAUAUACUUUUCCAAACAAAACAAUAACUUCGGGAAGAUAUAAAGCAUAUCAAGAAUAUAUUGAAGAUAUAAUAAAGAAAUGCGGAUUUAUUACAGAAAUUGAUUGGUUAAGGAUCCCUAGUACAAAAAACGUUGUAUUGGUUGGAAGAAAAAGAGUUGAUAAUUCUAAAAGUAAGUUGAAAUUUUUAAGGUAA